AUGGGGGCCUCUUUAGUAAUGGGCGAGGGCGACCUGACAGACAGAAAACGGGGACAUCCACUUGAUUUUACCAGGUUAAAGCAGCCAUCUCCCAGUGUGCGUGUCCUAGAGCAGCCAUCUCCCAGUGUGCGUGUCCUAGAGCAGCCACCUCCCAGUGUGCGUGUCCUAGAGCAGCCACCUCCCAGUGUGCGUGUCCUAGAGCAGCCACCUCCUAGUGUUCGUGUCCUAGAGCAGCCACCUCCCAGUGUACGUGUCCUAGAGCAGCCACCUCCUAGUGUGCGUGUCCUAGAGCAGCCACCUCCCAGUGUGCGUGUCCUAGAGCAGCCACCUCCCAGUGUACGUGUCCUAGAGCAGCCACCUCCCAGUGUACGUGUCCUAGAGCAGCCACCUCCCAGUGUGCGUGUCCUAGAGCAGCCACCUCCCAGUGUACGUGUCCUAGAGCAGCCACCUCCCAGUGUGCGUGUCCUAGAGCAGUCACCUUCUAGUGUGCGUGUCCUAGAGCAGCCACCUCCCAGUGUACGUGUCCUAGAGCAGCCACCUCCCAGUGUGCGUGUCCUAGAGCAGCCACCUCCCAGUGUGCGUGUCCUAGAGCAGCCACCUCCCAGUGUGCGUGUCCUAGAGCAGCCACCUCCCAGUGUACGUGUCCUAGAGCAGCCACCUCCCAGUGUGCGUGUCCUAGAGCAGCCACCUCCCAGUGUGCGUGUCCUAGAGCAGCCACCUCCUAGUGUGCGUGUCCUAGAGCAGUCACCUCCAAGUGUACGUGUCCUAGAGCAGCCACCUCCCAGUGUACGUGUCCUAGAGCAGCCACCUCCCAGUGUGCGUGUCCUAGAGCAGUCACCUCCCAGUGUGCGUGUCCUUGAGCAGCCACCUCCCAGUGUGCGUGUCCUAGAGCAGUCAUCUCCCAGUGUGCGUGUCCUAGAGCAGCCACCUCCCAGUGUACGUGUCCUAGAGCAGCCACCUCCCAGUGUGCGUGUCCUAGAGCAGUCACCUCCCAGUGUGCGUGUCCUAGAGCAGCCACCUCCCAGUGUGCGUGUCCUAGAGCAGCCACCUCCCAGUGUACGUGUCCUAGAGCAGCCACCUCCCAGUGUACGUGUCCUAGAGCAGCCACCUCCCAGUGUACGUGUCCUAGAGCAGCCACCUCCCAGUGUGCGUGUCCUAGAGCAGUCACCUCCCAGUGUGCGUGUCCUAGAGCAGCCACCUCCCAGAGUGCGUGUCCUAGAGCAGCCACCUCCUAAUGUGCGUGUCCUAGAGCAGUCACCUCCUAGUGUACGUGUCCUAGAGCAGCCACCUCCCAGUGUGCGUGUCCUAGAGCAGUCACCUCCCAGUGUACGUGUCCUAGAAAUAACAUAUGUGAAAUAA